GACAUGGCGGAGCGAGAGCGAGCGACGGAGCGAGUCUCUCUCACCUCGCUCUCCUCACUUCCUCAGUCUAUGACAUCGGAAGAUGACGUCAUCGGGAGCUCUUCCUCGGUUCCUCCCACCUUCCUGGCACCUUCCUCUCACCUUCCUCUUCCCGCGAGCACACUGUGCGAGCGCCGCCCCGGCACACAUUGCGGCUACCUGCUUAUGCCUAUAUAAGGGAAUGGCGGGCGCUGCCGUGCAACUCUGCCCAAACCACACCAACUCACCCAAAUCAUCCUACUCCUACUACUAUUCGAGCAGCUAGCCCAGCCAAUCACUCUGCUGAAAAUACUUCGAGACCUUGGCGCACAAGAAACCGUGAACGAUUGAUCAUCCCUGCGAUAGCAAGCGCAGCAAUGGCGGCGAAGCGUCUGUACAACGGGUACGAGCAGGACGGGGACCAGCCCAAUGACAAGCGCAUGCGCCGCCUGCCGUCCUUCUCGACGGUGAUCCGGGAGGCCAUGAUGCAGAAGCACAUGCAGAGCCUGUUCAGGUGUCUGGAGCCUCUCCUCCGCCGAGUGGUGAAAGAGGAGCUCCAUGCAGGGCUGACGCUGAUGCAGAGCCCGCGCUACAUCGAGAGGCUGCCGGCGGAGCGGGCGGCGUGGAGGCUGGCGUUCCGGACCCCGCCGCAGCUGCCCAUCUUCACGGGCAGCAAGAUCGAGGACGAGGCCGGGAACCCGCUGGAGGUGAUCCUGGUGGACGCGGACACGGGCUCGCCGGCCGCGCUCCCGCAGGCGCUGCGCGUCGAGCUGGUCCCGGUGUACGGCGACUUCCCGCAGGACGGGCGCGAGGACUGGUCCGACGACGAGUUCCAGAGGAACGUCGUGAAGGAGCGCGCGGGGAAGCGCCCGCUCCUGACCGGCGACGUGAGCCUGGCCCUGAGGGACGGGCGCGCCACGGUGGGCGAGCUCCAGUUCACGGACAACUCGUCCUGGGUCCGCUGCCGCAAGUUCCGCAUCGCCGCCCGCGUGGUGCCCGGCGCCUGGGACGGCGCCCGCGUCCAGGAGGCCAUGACCGAGGCCUUCAUCGUCCGGGACCACCGCGGCGAGCUGUACCGCAAGCACUACCCGCCCGUCCUCGCCGACGACGUCUGGAGGCUGGAGAAGAUCGGCAAGGAAGGCGCGUUCCACAGGAAGCUCAGGCGCAGCAACGUCGGCACCGUGCAGGAGUUCGUCAGGAUGCUGAUGGUGAAGCCCGACGAGUUGCGCGCGAUUCUGGGCGACGGCAUGACCGACCGCAUGUGGGAGGCGACGACGAACCACGCCAGGACCUGCGCCACCGACGACAAGGUGUACGCGCACAGCACGCCCCACGGCACCAUCUACGUGGACUCCGUCUUCAACGUCGUGAGGGUCGACAUCGGCGGCGCGGAGUGGCCGCUGCACCAGCUGAACAGAGGCCAGACGAUGGUGGUGCAGCAGAUGCUGCAGGACGCGUACGAGCACCGCCACAGCCUCCAGGAGGCCGAACCCUUCAUGGUCCAUGGCCACGCCGCCAGCGACGUCCCACUGCUGCAGAACGCGGUGCCGGCGCUGGUGGACACACCGCCGCUCUGGUUCCCGAACGCCGCGGAGAUGGACUUCCCCGUCGACGACGUGGUCCCCGUUCCCCAAGCCAACAGCAGCUUCGGCUACCAGUGGACUGGCCAAGCGUUCCACAUGCCAGGUUAACCCAGUGGUCCCGAACAAGAUAAACAAGUGACCCAGGUGAAGAUCACUUGCAAGGUUCCAGUUCCAGCAAUAGGAUGUACAUUAACAAAAUACUGCUACGCGGUUAUAUGUCCACGAUCAGCGUCGGUCGGUCUGUCUGUCUAUCUGUCUGUCUGUCCAAGUAACAGCAGGGUUUAAGGGUAGGUGAAACUUGAGCGGCCCUUCCCUGCAUUCGCCGGACGCGCCGAGCGUCCGCGGGCAGCGAGAAGCGGCGACCAAGUGCAAGAUUCUUUUGUUUGAUUCGUAUCCUUUGUUUUUGUUGUAACUUCUCAAGUUUUUCCGUUCUGCCUGGCCAAGUACUAGCGUCCUGCUCUUCUCCCAAGAUUGGGUUGCAUUGCAUGUAAAAAAAAUGUAACGCCGGAGCAGCGACGCUUUGUGGGCUGGCGAACAGGUGUGGUAUGCCUACAAUACAAAGGCUAGCAAGCAGAACUGGCUGGGUAAACACACAGCUCUGCUUUCUUCUUCUUCGACAUUUUCGCAAGUUUUUUUUGUGUGUGUGUCCUGUAAACAUCAAGGUCUCAAUAAAGAAAGGGAACCGCUUUUUUUGUGUACAUAAACAUCAGUGUUUGUUUGA